GAGAUUUCUCAGCUGAGCAUCACGCUCUGACAGUGGUUUUUCCCACCUCCCGCCCUCUGCAAGCAGCAGCAGGUUUCCUUUCUCUCCCCUGCUCUGCCAGCUCUGUCCAGACAGUGGCCUAAAACCCCAAAUAUAUGGUACGGCCAAGGGUAAGUGUGAAUUGGACAAAUUUGCAGAUCCAUUGUUUUCUCAGCAGAAGCAGAUUAGGUUUCCUGUGCUGUUAAAUUGCUGUGUUGGCUUCAGCUAGUUCUGUUUUCUUCUUCAUUUUUUCAAGAAACAACCCCCCAAAGAACAGCUUCUCCCUGGAAGCUUGGCUGGGAUGGCCGUGUUGUGUAAUGGAGACCAUCUUCCAGCUGUAAACAACAUCAUUUAUUUAGUUAGACAGGCUUUACCGCAGUGUUACUAGGGGCCAAAAGCUGGUUUUCACGCUGAGAGCAGCGGUGAUGGCACCUUGCUAAGGGGCUUGUCCUGGGAGCCCCGGAAGAAGGUGGAAAUGUGCGCUGCUCAUCCCAUCCAGCUACUCACAUCUGGGGCUAUGCCAAAGGUUUUGGUGGGUGAAUCUUUGUUUUCUGUAUUCCCAGCUCAGCUGGGACUGCUCUUUUGAGGACCUCACUUUGGAGGGGUGACCUGCUGCUGGGAUCUCCACAGCUUCUCUUACCUCCUGCUGCAGCACAGCUGUGAAUAUCCAUUGCUCCACGACUUUGCCUGUGCAGCCCUGUGAAGGAGGCAGGUUUCUGCUGGUCUCUGUGCAGGAUGCGUGAGCUGCUCUGUGUCUGCUAUGAAUGGUCUCACCUCUAGCUGAAGUUUUGUAGCUCAGGCCGGCGAAGAUGGAUCACUUACUCUGGUGUCCUUUUCAUUCUACACAGGCUUUAUUUCUGGCUGUAAUUCCAGCAGUGUUGCCAUGUUCUAUCCCUUAGUUAAGCCCUGUGCUCUCUCUAAUGCUCCUUGAUUUCAUAUUGGAAAUUUUCAGAGAUGAAAAGCAUGCCGCUCUUAGAGCUCAUCAUUGCCAGAUGUUGCUUAACUGGAUUAAAAUAUAGUGGUGAAACAGGACCACACGGCUGUACAAUGUCUCCUUGCUUCAGAGCCUGUAGGCCCAAGGAAGCCCGUAAGUAUCAAAAUGACCAGAUCUUUACACCUUGUCGUGGGUUUGGCAAUUCCAGCUGCUCCCUGUAACGAUUCCAUCAUGCAUGGGGGGGGUGGCAGCUGCCUUGUCAGGAUUUCAGCUCUGGUUGCAGCAGCCCUUGGGGUGGAAGGAACACAGCAGUAUGCCAUCACUGAACACUGUGGAAAGCUAAACCUUUGCUGGGGGCUGAGUGCUCCUUUGCAAGAAGCGCUCAGCAUUGCCUAUCCAGCUUCAGCUUCCUGAGCAUCAUUGCUGCAGUCAGCCGUAGCCAGCAUCACUAGCAUAUCAGAUGCUGCAGAGACAAGGUAAAGACAUCGUCCUUGAGAAGAACAGCCACAUGAUUUUUCUCUCUAGCUACGUUUUUAACAAACACUUUCCCACUAUGGUCCAUUCAAUUAUGAGCAUUCAGCUCUUGGGCGGUCUUUUCCAGGCUCAGCUCUUUGUGCUCCACAUGCAGGGAUUUUGGUUGUCUCAGUCCAUCUGCUAGGAGGGUUUUCUGGAGUGCAUCAUGUGUUUUGGCUGAGGUGGCUCAUCCUUCCGGCUCUAAUGGAAAGGCUGAGCCACUGCAGGUCUUCUGUUAAAAUGUAUUCCACCCAUUGCAUGACCAUGAUUGUGUUUUGUCUUUUCUUCAGUAACUGAUUUAUCUGACAUUUGGGAUUUAUAGCCCAGCACACCCACUUCAGAAAUUGUUUGUAGCUGAUGUCAAGAGCCUUGCCUAAUACUGUAGAUUUUAAGGACCUGUAUUCUCUACAGGAUCGAGGUUUGAUACAAGCAGUCCAAACAUCUACUUUGGGGUGGUCUUGCUGGUCUAAUGAGUUGAAGGAGCAAAGUUUGCUUUCUUUAGACUUUCUGGUGGGAAAAGGUAGGGUGAGCAGAAUUGCUUAAUAGCUUUGUUGAUUAAAAAAAGGAUUAAAUAAGUUGGAAUACCCAAGUGUCAGGAAUAUUCUGACUUCCCCAAAGCUUUAUCUAGCUGGUGAACUCUUUCAUGUGUAUCUCAGCAUUUUUGGUACAUAAGAGAAAUUCCUGACAAAAACACUUAAAAAGUGGGAAAUUAAGCUUGCAGUGAGUAUAGUUCAAAACAGCAAAGGAAGGAAGAUUUUUAUUCUUAAUGGAUCUCUGGAAAGAGACCCCCUGAGUACUCUGUAGCUCUAUAAAACUGGCCACGGAGUCCUAGCUCUUCCUAAAAAAUCACUUUGAGACCCUAAAAAGAAAUGUGAAGUAUGCUCCCACAUCGUUCAAAUGCCGAGUUAUAUACAGAUAUAUUAAUACUAAUAAAGCCAAAGUUAGACAGGAGGGAGCUCUCUCCCACAAGCUGUGGGCAUCAAUGUCUUGACUUCUACUGGUUAUCACAGCAACUCAUCUGGGAGAAGUGAGCAGGAGAAAAUUACCUGUGAUGAAAAAUUGUUCUUUAUGAAAGCUGAAUGUGGAUUCCCGUUCUGAUCUGGCUGAGCAGAUCUCAAUUGCAGAAAUGCUGUGCUUCAGCCAUAGCAGCGUCAGCGGGAUUUAGGCUCUAUGCCCAUUGUGGGCAAGCCCUGGUGGUUUAUCUUUAUCUAGGGCCAUGGCUCAGAGCUGUGCAGCACUCAGGAAUGGAGCUCUGGCCAAGACCCGCUGCCUUCAGCAAGGCCAGGCGUGCUGCGGUGCUCUCCCCAAGAGCAGGCAGCGGUGCCAGGGCGCAUGUGUACUUGCUGCCUUUAAUAGCAUCGGGUGCAGCAUGUUUUCAAAGGCAUUUAUGUGCUUGUUUUCUUUACUACUUUUAGUAACUUGUAAAAUGCUCACAGCCAAUUAUUUGAACAAACAAUGUCAUGGAUGAUAAUCUCAGUCUUGGCAGCGCUAUCAGCUGGACACAAACAUCUCAGAAGAAAUGCUUUGGAAAAGUUUUCUGGAUGCUGGAGGUGGAAGGGGCGUCCCUCUUCCCUCCAAACUGCCUCUGCCACACUCUAGACGCUGAACUGCUUCAAAAACUGACUUCUUCCAGUGUGGAAGGUCCGUUGAAUGGGACCAGAGCUCUCUGAUACUGUACUCUAAUGGGUCCUGGCUGGGUGGCCCUUGGGUUCACCACUGUGCUGCUGUAAAGGGGAAAAGCAGAGCUUUCCCCAGGCCUGCUCAGUGCUUCCAUGUGAAAUCAUGGCUCCAGGAGGGAAAGUGAAACACUGACCAAGGUCUUCACUUUAAAAAUGCUACUAAUUGUCCCUCCUGGCCAAAACACUGGGUUUGCAGACACCCACUGUCAGACCUGGUCAUGCUUCAGAGGUACAUGAGACAGUGUUAAGACCCAGCAUGCCAAGGCAAGAACCAAGGAUGCUGGGUGCGAGCAGGACCCACUGCCUUGGCCAUCAAUUUUCAACUGGUUGCUGCUUACAACCUCUCUCCUCCCUAAGGCCCCAAAAAGGAUGAGAGAAAGCAGCCUUCUCUGCAGGAGUGCUCUGGUGCUGGGGAAGGACGAGGUAGAUACUCCAAUCUUACUUGCAAGACUGAGCAAUUAAUCCCUAAAUAAACCCUUAAACAAACAAAUGCGGGAAGCAGGAAUGCAUAUAAAAGUUUAUGGAGUGCUAGGGGAACCCAGCUGCAGGCGGGAUGGUUUCGGUGAGCGUGUGCAAAAGGCCUGUCAUUCGGCAUGAUGCAAAUGCACUACCCGGCAUGAUGGAAAUCAUCACUCCUCCAGCAGUCUGUGGGUGCUGGAUCCCCUCCUCCUGCCGCCAGUGCUCGGGCCAGGGAGUCAGGGCAUCCUGCUGUAAAUCAGCAACAGAGGAAUCAGAGCCAUACUGACCUACGUUGGGUUAUGCAUCCUGGGGAGCACAUGUAUGAGAGAUUUUUUUUCCCCUUUUCCAUUCUCCAAAAGGAACAAAUCAAGCCCAUGAAUACAGUCUGCAUCUGGAUCCCACACUGGUUUGAAGAUUUGGCAGGCUGUCAAGGUUUAACCUCAAGAGCUGGCUCUGACAGUCUGCUGGCACAGUCAGACACACUGCCUGUUCAGAAUGUUUCAUCCCUGACAGCAGCACUUUCCUGCAAAAACCAAGACCUAGGACUUGGAGUGUAUGAAUCCUUUUUUUUUUUUUUAAUUUGCAGAACUGAUCAGAAGUUGCUUUUUGAAUUGUGUGUGUGUGUGGUUUUGUGGGAGUGGGGUUGUUUGGGUUUGGGUUUGCUUGUGGUUUUUUUAAAUGCUUCUAGUGACCUCUAGGUGCAUGAGCUCAAGGAUAGAAAGGUAAACCUGAGUGCUGCAUGUGAACAUGCAGGAAAAUUUCUUGCUUCUCUUGACUUGUGAUUUUUUUUUAUUAUUUUUUGUUUUCCUUGGUAUAAAAGACAUGCAUAAAAUCCUUCCCCAAAUACAUGCCCCAGGAAGCACUAACUCCUCACCAUUUAACAUCAAAUAGGUCAUCUUGUGGUGAAAACUCCCAGCUUUUGCAACCUUCCAGCCAGAUGAAUGGUAAAAAGGCCGAAGACUGCGCCCGUGCUGAGCUGUGUGCUGGGCUCUGAUGCAGUGACCCAUGUGCUGGAUUAACCAGCCUGGCUGUACAAGCUGCACAGACAUGUCCUGCAAGCUCAGGGGGCAUUAGCUCAGCUGCAGCACUACAUGGCACAAUGUUGGCUUGCAUACGGACAGCUUGGGCAUCCGUACCAGGUGUACCUUCUAUUUCACAGCCAUUCGUUACAGGCAAUGCUCAAAAAUAGCGGGAGGAAGAAAGAUGUAGCGGGGGAAUACAAGAGGGAGGGGGUUUGUACAUUGGCUAAAUAGAGCUUUGGAGUGACAUCUUGGGAUCAGAUAAGGAAUCAGAUGCAUUGAGCACUGGCGGGGGGAAGAAUGGGAGCAAGAUUUGGCAAAGGGCAGCCUGAGGUAUGACCCCCAUUGCACCAGGUGCAUCAGACCCAUGUCUUGUCUACAAAGAGGUAUGAACCCAGCACAAAGUUUCAAACAGUUUUGGGGGUAGAACAGAAUAGACAGAGUCAGUAUCUGUGAGGAUCAGAAGUGUUUCUUAUCUUUUCAAAAUAAACAUUCUUAUGCAUUUGACUUUUUCCCCUGCUUACAAAGCACACUGGAUAUUUGGUGAAGGAUGGAGCAAGAUCUUUCACCGGUCGUUUGUGUGCAAAGCACCUAGCAGCAAGAAUUCCUGGCUGAGGGUGUCCUAACAUGCUGUUAGUAAAAAAUUGAAUGAAUAUGGGUCAGAGUGAGUGCCAACAUCUCAGGUAACUUGUCUGAGAGCCAGCAGGCCUUCAGACCCAAGGCAGGGUAUGUGCAGGGGGGAUUGGUGGCAAAACGUACAUUUCUUCUCCUUUGCAGUUGGACAAGUGACCUCUGCACUUGCACAUCCCACGUAUUCCUACUGACCUGCUUGGUAGAGGUUUGGUUUGAAGAAAGGACAGAGUUCUUGCAGCAUGUCUCUAGAAGGUGCAUAAUGCCUCUUGAACUAAACAACAAGUCUCCUAGUAGUGGUUGUAGAAUGCGGGAACUGAGUGCAAAUCUUCAUCUUAAAGCUUUUAGGUUAAGCCUUGACUUUUUCAGCCCCCAAGCUAUUAUGGAUGUUACUGUUUCCUUUACAAAUUUUGUUUAUUUUUUUGUUGAGUAAUGCAAAUUUCAGCGGUUCCAGGGUGCCUCCUCUGCCUUUUCCAUGACAACCUCAAAGAAAGGUGAAAAGGAAUGAGUGGGAAAAGGAAGAGGAAGAGAUGCCCCAAAAUCAAACUAAAUAUUUAUGGAAUGGGUGAGUGUGUGCAUUGAGGAGGGUCAUAUAUAUAUAUAUAUAUCUUGAAAUAACAAGGAUAUGCUAACACGUAUGUUUGUCUAACUCUGGCUGUGACAUGCAGCGCUUGAGCCUUUGGGACAGAUGAGGUCUCCCAUCCUGUGCAGUGAUUUGAUAUUACCCUCCCUCAAGAUACUGUGAUGUUUGGGUCUGUUUCUGUUUUAUCUGCUCCCAGCAUGUAAUUUCAUUGAGCUAUUUCAGCUUGCUUUCCCUUCUAGUGUUUGCCCCAAGCACAGGCACUGUGCGUGCUUGCAGCCUGACAGUCCUGACCACUGACUGCUUUGUCAUUGUGUCUAUGAAGCAGUAAAUCAGGUGCACUGUGAUAAAUAGAAAUGCUGCGUGGGAUUCCCCUUCUUUAAAUAACCCAGUGUCCUUUUGCACAGAAAUGCCAAGAACUGGACUCUUAAUAUGAGGCAGAUAAAGCCAAAAGCUGCCAAGGACUCCUCUCCCUGCCUUGAGAAGUAGUGCUCUCCUCCAGGGGAUGGAUAUGAGUUUGCUGAUGAGCUUUUCUAGCACUCUGUGCAGCUCUUUCUGAAUCAAAGACACAGCUGGGCAGAAAGGUGAGUUUGUUCUCCACAGCCUGCUCAGCCCUUGGUUCCUCUGAAAAUGCUGGUAAAAGGCUAUUUUCCCUGUUGCAUCAUUCUUCUGGGUCACCUUGCUGUAAGCAGAGCUGGUUAUAGAGCCUGUGGUGCCUGUUGCAUCUGGUGUGCUAUACAGUCCCAGAGCAGGGGCAGGCACUGGGGUUCCCCCAAGCCACCACGGCUGGAUACCCCUCGCUGCAAGGCUGCGCCAGUGUUCAAAGAAUGGGAUGAGCUUGGGUCCAGCCCCAGCUGGUGAUGGACAGCCAGCCAGCAGCACCUGGCUGGGGCAAAGGAGCAUGUCACUAGCAGGGACUUCUGUGGUUGCUUUCCAUCUGGCACAUGCAGCCUUGCCUGGUAAGCACAGCACACGUGUCCCCAGUAGAUGGGCUGCUGCUGCAGAGGAGAUCACAUUCAGGGUAUCAGGGCAAAACGUUUAAGGCUUACGGAUACUUACUUUGCCCCAGUACUCAUCCUCCAGGAGCUCCCUUGGAGCUCCUUCCAGGGGGCGGAGGCUGGGGCCAGACGGACCGUGUGACGCGAGGAAGAAGCAGAUGUAAAAACUCAGUUUUGCAUGAAUGGGAAGUCGGUGUGAACACGCAGCCUUGCCGAUCUGCUCUCUUUCGUUGUGUGCUACCCCAGUGCAGCCUCAGAGCCGAGCCUGCUCUCUGCCAUGUGGAUUUGUCCUGCUGCCCUCCUCGGUUCGAGCAGUGUGCAUGUCUUUGCAAGGACGCGGGCAGUGGAUUUCCCAUCCUACUAAAUAGGAGAAAGGAUCAUCCCCCUUACACAGGCAAUGCUGGUGUGAAUGCUGUGAUGUUCCUCUGCUUUCUGUCUCUGUGUGUCCACAUUACGGUCAGCUCUGCCAGAACUAACAGCCUAUUCCGCUCUCAAAUGUUAGCAAGUGCUGGGACUCCACAGAGUGCAUGGGAAUCCCCCUGCCCUCAGAGAUGCCUGAAUCCUUGCAUGGAGGCUCACAUGUAUUGCAUGUACACCUUGGGGGCAGAAGAGGCUUGCGUGUGGGUGUAUCCUCCUGGCUCAAGAGCUGCAGUAGAAAACUGCAGAGAUAUUUGUGUGAAUUUCCUUUUUCUUUCUUGCCUUUUUAUUUUUUUUUGGAUGUCUUGUUCUUCUCCCCUGAUUUACUGCAUGUGCUCACGUGGCUUUGGAAAGUUGGAAAGGGGGGUUCUCAAACUGUUUUCCUUCCAAAAGGAAAAGAAGCUGGCAGGCGUUCAUAUUUCAGUUCUCGAGUUAUGUAGGUUAAAGUCUCCCAGUGGGAAAAUGGAAGAUAUGAGAGAUCAGAUUGCCGGUGGUGAUACUCGCUAAAAGGAAAACAGAAAAAAGGAGCACGUAAUUCUAGAGCUACAUCCAGACGAAUGAGAGGUUUGAGAGGGCCCCUUGAGAAUUCUUAAAUGCCUGACUGGUUCCAGAAGGACUUAAUUAAAAAGGAAUUGUCUCUUUCUAUCAUGUAAAAUAAAAUAUUUGGGUGAGCAAUGUGAUAGAAAAGUGCUGCUAGCACAUGAAUUUCCUGCAGAAUCUCCCUUUUUACUGGCACCAACAUGCAGAGCAACUACUCCCUGGUCGUCACCACCAGAGAAACUCUCCAAGUCCUCCAUACAUCACUGACAAACUCAUCGGCUGCAUCGCGCUCGCCCCCUCCCUGCCCACUUAUCUCUUCAGAUUAUCAGUUUUCACUAAUUCCAGCACUCUUCUCUGUGGUUUUUGUUCUGGGGUUGGUUGGCAACAGUGUGGUGGUUGUGGUGCUUUGUCAUCACAGUGGCCCCAAAAUAGUUGCUAAUAUCUACAUUUUCAACCUGGCCAUGGCGGAUCUGCUAUGCCUCGCCACGCUUCCCUUCUGGGCUACCUACUACGCGCAGGGGUACAACUGGCUUUUUGGGUCUCUCAUGUGCAAAAUCUCCAGUUCUGUCUUGUGCUUGAACAUGUUUGCAAGUAUAUUUUUCAUUACGUGCAUGAGUGUGGACCGGUACCACGCUAUUGUCCAUCCUAUUCGUUCUCAAAGAAGAACUCCAGAACAAGCUUAUUUUAUAGCACUGGUUGUGUGGGGCCUUGCCUGUUCAUCUUCCCUCCCAACUUUUUAUUUCCGUGACACUCAAUACAUUGAAAGCUUGGGGGUCAAUGCUUGCAUUAUGGCCUUUCCUCAUGAGAAUUAUGCGAAAUGGUCUGUGGCAACAGCCUUCCUGAAAAAUGCACUCGGUUUCUUCAUCCCCUUGGCAGUGAUCACCACGUGCUACAUCUGGAUCAGAAUGCACUUGCUCAAAGCACAGGAGUUUGGGAAAAACAAGCAGAAGAGGGACAAAGUCCUAAAGCUGGUGGCUGCUGUUGUUGUGGCCUUCUUAAUUUCCUGGCUUCCAUUCCACAUUUUAACAUUUUUGGAUGCUUUGGCUCAUAUGAACAUCAUUAACAACUGUGACGUGACAGGGAUCAUCGACACAGCACUGCCAUUCAGCAUCUGCAUGGCAUUUGCCAACAGCUGCAUCAACCCUUUGCUGUACUGCUUUAUUGGGAACCAGUUCCAGGAGAAGCUCCAUCGCUUGUUUAAGCGACAAGUUUGUCAGUUCAACAGCCAUCAAGAAAGCUCUUCUUUGAGGAAAGGGAGCUACUUCAGAGAUGCUGAGACCCCCGUGGGCAGGGAAGGGGGGCCCGAGUCCUUGCUGUAGGCACUGGGGCAUGAUGUGGGGCCAUGUCAGUGCAGCUGGCUGUCCCUGCAGUGGUGACACUCCUCUCUCCUGUUGCCUUUGUUUUGUGCCCAUUCAUUCAUCAGCUGUUUGAAGGAGAAUCUGGUUUUCUCAUACAUGGGGAUUUAUUUUUCCUUCCUUUCUGCAAUGAGCACUCAAUUUUUACAUAGAGAGAAGAUUUGGGCAAAUAAAUAUAUUGAUGGCAUUUUAAAUAUCAGCUUCUGCAUGGCUGAGAUCAGGCGAGUGUUUAGUGUAACACAAAAAGCCAAAAUAUACCAAAGGACCAUUGCAAGAUAGCUACAAUUGCUUAGGUGCUGAGUAUUAUUCCCUAAGCUGAUUUUCUAAAAGAGAUUCUCACUAAAGAAUGUGUAAAUAAAGCAGUGCAGAUACUUCUGUACCUAUCUGUAAGAAAAUAUUUUGACCUUGAUUUUUAUAUAUAUAUAUAUAUAUUAUUUUUAAAAAAUGUAUGGCUAGAGAUGUCGUAUGUAAAAUGCAUCAAAUAUACCUCCUGCCUGCUUAGGCCUGGGAUCCUCAGAACAGGUGGAGACAUAGUUCUGCAAACUGCUGGAGGCAGGAGAGUAGCCUUGGAGGAAAGUACAACCACAUGCAUGUUUUUAUACCUUUCUCAUAGCAGGUAACAUGUUCGCAGGCCAGACGGUCCUUUGCUUUGUUUCAGUGUGGUCACUUUUGACAGUAAUGCCCCAGGAACAUGCUAUGUCCCGCUGCUGCUUGGGCAUGCUGAGUCCCACGAACUGUCCAGCAGCCUUCAGGGAAAGGAUUUGUUGAUUGUCUAGAGUUUUUGCAUUUUAAAUGUCAAUUGCUACUGGAAUUUUGAGGUACUGUGUACAGAAAGCCUAAGUGACAAUGUGUUAACACCCAGAAGCAAAACCAUGGUGUGACUUACCCACAUCUCAGUAUGGGAUUUUGCUAAUUUGUAAAUAAAAGAAAGA